GAAUGCUUUAAGGGAAGCUGGGCCACUCACAAGUUAUUACACAAGAAAGCAAAAGAUGAAAAAGCUAAGCGUGAAGUUUCCUCUUGGACCCUGGAAGGUGACGUUAACACAAAUCCUUGGUCUGGUUAUCGAUAUACUGGUAAACUCAGGCCACACUAUCCACUGACGCCAACAAGACCUGUGCCAAGUUAUAUUCAGAGACCAGAUUAUGCUGAUCACCCGCUAGGAAUGUCUGAAUCAGAACAGGCUUUAAAAGGAACCUCUCAAAUAAAAAUACUCUCAUCUGAGGAUAUAGAAGGGAUGCGAGUAGUGUGUAGGCUUGCUAGAGAAGUAUUGGAUGUUGCUGCCAUGAUGGUGAAAGCAGGUGUAACUACUGAAGAAAUUGAUCACGCUGUCCAUUUAGCUUGUAUUGCAAGGAAUUGCUAUCCUUCCCCUCUGAAUUAUUAUAAUUUCCCUAAGUCGUGUUGUACAUCAGUGAAUGAAGUGAUCUGUCAUGGAAUUCCUGACAGGAGGCCAUUGCAGGAGGGAGAUAUUGUUAAUGUGGAUAUUACUGUCUAUCGUAAUGGCUACCAUGGAGAUCUGAACGAGACAUUUUAUGUUGGAGAAGUUGAUGAGGGUGCAAGGAGGCUUGUCCAAACAACUUACGAGUGCCUAAUGCAAGCCAUCGAUGCAGUAAAACCUGGUGUUCGGUACAGAGAACUGGGAAACAUUAUUCAGAAACACGCUCAAGCCAAUGGAUUUUCAGUGGUUCGAAGCUACUGUGGGCAUGGAAUCCAUAAACUCUUCCAUACGGCCCCUAAUGUGCCACAUUAUGCCAAAAAUAAGGCAGUGGGAGUCAUGAAGCCAGGUCAUGUAUUUACAAUUGAACCAAUGAUCUGUGAAGGUGGUUGGCAAGAUGAAACAUGGCCUGAUGGUUGGACUGCGGUAACAAGAGAUGGAAAGCGAUCUGCCCAGUUUGAACACACACUUCUGGUCACCGAUACAGGCUGUGAGAUCUUGACCCGGCGGCUAGAUAGCAUUCGUCCCCAUUUCAUGUCCCAGUGAUAGUCUAGACUGAGCAGGUGGAUCUGAAUGAUACAUACAUGGGUUUUUUUUUGUCUCUGUACUAUGCAUUUUUUAAAGAGUACAGAAUAGAGAGAUUUCAUCAUUUACUUUGUUCUCGGUGAUUGUAGAUAAGAGGAAUAUCUUGAAGAACCUGACCCGAUGUGUGGAAAAGCAGAGAAUUUAAAGAAUUUCCUGCUUUCCUCGUACCUACAACACUCAUGCUAUAUUUUUCUUUUUUCUUAAUUAUCUCUUUAGCACCUUUCUUCCAAUUAGACCCACAAUUGCUUCUGUUGCUGCCAUGAUAUUAGCUAGAAAAGUGUGGGUAACCUUUCCCACUGGGACUUGAUAUUUUGGGAUCCAGGUUUUUUUCACCACUUCAGUGUGCCCUGUCUCUCUUGGUAUGUGAGUGGCACCUGAGAUUUUAAGCAUUUCUAGUUCCAAAGACUUGCUCCUGCUUCUGCAGAUACUGUUCUAAUGGGCUGGGCCUUGUUUGUUUAUCAGUUGAGAAGGGGGCAGAAGGGAGAAAGGCAUGCAUGUUGCCAAGAAUAGGCUACCCUUACCUUUAAUUCUGUCC